GAGACCCUGAUUUUAGGCAUUAUGAAAUGCGAGUUACCUCACAUUUGUUCACGAACCUGCGCCCCAAAUUCUUGUUGAAUUUUCAAGCCCUACCCCUCUCUCCUCUCCCUUCUUCUCCAUAUCGCUUCUGUUGCGAUACGAAGAAGAUGGGGUUAUGAUCCUGGGAAUGUAAUUGGAGAAUUGGGGAGAAGAAAGGGAGGAAAUCAUACACAAUGCCGUUAUUCCCCUUGUGCUCGAGCUCGGAAAAGGUGCAGGAUGAGGAGAAAAAGAGUAGGACUAUGGUGUAUCUCAAUGUGUAUGAUCUUACGCCUGUGAACAAUUAUCUUUACUUGUUUGGGGUUGGAAUCUUUCAUUCGGGUAUAGAAGUGCAUGGUAUGGAAUAUGGCUUUGGAGCACAUGAUUACUCCACAAGUGGUGUAUUUGAGGUGGAACCUAGAAGCUGUCCUGGCUUCAUCUUCAGACGGUCACUGUUGUUAGGCAGCACCGAUAUGUCUUCUACAGAAUUUCGUUCUUUCAUGGAGCGCCUUUCUGCAAAAUAUCAUGGAGACACUUACCAUCUGAUUGCUAAGAAUUGCAACCAUUUCACAGAUGAAGUUUGCCAACAGCUAACUGGAAAGCCUAUCCCUGCAUGGGUAAAUCGGCUGGCUCGUGUUGUUUCAGGUUCAUUCUGCAAUUGUCUUCUGCCAGAAAGCCUUCAGGUUGCUGCUGUUAGACAUCUUCCUGAACGUGGUACAUAUUCUGAUGAUGAGGGAUCAGAAUCUGAUGGCUUUUCUGGGUCAGUUGAGAGUGAAGAGGAGAAUUCCAAUCACCAUUUGCUAACUACACCAAAUGCUGAUGUCUCCUUUAUAAAAGAAAAACCAAUGACUCUGGCGCGGGACACCCUAUGAUUUUCAUUUGUUGCUCCGAUUAUUGAUAUUAUUGUUAUUAUUCUUUGUUCAUUCUCUUUGCUUGUACCCUAUCCGUGAUCUUAGCUUGAAUAUUGGAGAACCAAAAGGCAUGUUUUGUAUUACAAAGACGAUAGAUUCUUGUAUAUGUCUUUGUAUUGUUUCAAGUACGAACUAAAUUAAUUG